CGAACAAUUGCCAUGGCUCUGCAGACUGCCACCCUCUACAACCAGCCAGACUACUCAGACGUGACUAUCAGAUUCAGCGGUCGAGAGGUGUUCUGCCAUAAGAUUAUCUUGUGCACAACCUCCGAGUACUUCAAAAAGCUUUGUGGCCCCGGCAGUCAUUUCGCGGAAAGCCAGCAGAAAACAAUUGAGCUGAAAGGCGACCAUCCCGACGCAGUUGAAGCGAUCUUGAAAUACCUAUACACCAAGCAAGACAACAACGAUCAAGACCACGAAUGGACUCUCCAGCUAGAGAUAGCAAAGACGGCCGAGAAAUAUCUUUUGCCUGGCGUGGCUGCAAUUGCUAAUCAGAAAUUUGUUUCUCACGCGAGUGUGAUUGCAGAGCCGCAGGCCGUCUUCGAUGCCAUAAUGCAUAUCCGCGAGCACGCUUUCUCGGAGAAGGAUUUGGCAGUCGCGAGCGAGUUGGAAAAGAAGCAUAUUUUCGCUCUCAUGAAGGUCAAUGACUUUCGCCAGCUGAUCAGCAAAGAUCAAAGUCUGAUGUGGAAGUACAUUGACCAAUUUGCUGAAUUUAUAAGCAGCAAGGCAGAAGUCAUGUUAUGCAAAUGCGCAAAGUGCACUUCCACCCUCGUGCGUCAUCCCGGGACCUUGCCAUCCCUGCAUCUUGAUCCUUCGGGAGAGGGAAUCUGCAGUAGCUCCUAUCAGACGUGCAAUAUCCUCGUUGCCAAAUUUGAUGGGGACAGGCUUCGAACGAUGUAUGAAGGGAAGACUGGGAAGUGAGAACUCGAUGAUCAAAAGCAGAAACAAUGGCUCUUG